AAAAUUUCUUCCCAAGAAUCUCACAACUGUAUCGCCCUCAACGAAUCCGCUUACACCACACCUAAAUUUAUCGCUUUCUACACAUUCCCUUCAAAGGAUUUGCAUUUUCUUCCCCUGCAGCCCUUUGAUCCGCUCCUCGAUUUGCCACUCAAUCAUAUCUCUACCGAAGAAAUUGAAAAAAAUGUCGUGCCUUUGAGAUCCGUUAUCAAAGGUGUUCUUCUUCAGCAAUUUGUUCAGGCUGUUGUUGCGGAAUUGCUGUUUUUGGUGACUUCUAAUGCGAGUUCUCCCGAUCAAGCCUCCGAACCCUCUCUCCUUUUACAAUGCAUCCAAUUCAUAGUUGCAAUGCUAGUCAUGGACACUUGGCAGUACUUUGUGAAUUGUUACAUGCACCAGAAUAAGUUUCUGUACAAACACAUCCACUCCCAACAUCAUAGAUUAGUUGUCCCUUACGCUAUUGGGGCUCUUUACAAUCACCCAUUGGAAGGCCUUUUAUUGGACACAUUUGGCGGUGCUAUUUCCUUUUUAGUGUCCGGGAUGACUGCACGAACAGCUGUUUAUUUCUUUUGCUUUGCCAUCAUCAAGACUGUCGAUGACCAUUGUGGGCUAUGGCUGCCUGGUAAUAUCUUCCAUUUACUUUUUCAAAACAACACUGCUUAUCACGAUGUGCAUCAUCAGCUCCAGGGUUUACAAUUCAACUACUCUCAGCCGUUUUUCUCGAUGUGGGACAAACUGCUGGGGACCUAUGUGCCGUAUACACUUGUAAAGCGGGCAGAGGGUGGUUUUGAGGCGAGGUUGAAAAAAGAUUGACUUCGUUUUAGAAUUUUUUUUUUUGUUACUGCCGUGUGUCGGAAAAGUCUGUUAGGUUCUUCAUUAGAAGCUCUGUGUGUUAGAGAGAGUUGAAAUAUGUAGUAAAAGUUUGUUUUGAACUGUCUAUUCUUUGUCCCAAGUUCUGACCACUGCUUAUUUGCCAGGACAGUUUAGGUCUAACUGGCUAAGGUUUGUCGGUCAAGUGAACAUGUAAGUUUUUGGUAGUAUUAAGGUUGUGUUACCCAAAACACCAUGAUAAUAUGUGCUGAAGGUAGAAUUGUUGAUGAAACUUUUUGUGUACGAUAUUUGGGGCUUAAUCUUGUUGACGAUUAGUCCUUUGACGUGUUGUAAACAUAUAAAGCUGUACUCUAUUCUCUAGCAGGAUAUUCUU